GUCACAAACAUGGCCGCCGAUAGUAAUCCUGUGUUUGACAGAUGCAGAGACGGGUGAAAGUAUCUGUGUUUACAACGUGAAAAUGAAGGAACGGGGAUGAUUUAUAACGUAUAUAUUAUUCUGUUUGGAUUUUAAGACAUAAAGAUGUCUCUACUUUGUGUGUGCGUGAAAAAGGCAAGACUGAUUGGAAAUGCCGCUGCUGAGGAGGAACGAUUCAACACGUAUGUGACCCUGAAACUGCAGAAUGUCAAAUCUACAACCAUACAAGUGAAGGGCAACAACCCCUGCUGGGAACAGGACUUCAUGUUUGAGACAAUGCGGCUUGACACAGGUCUGAUUGUGGAAGUGUGGAACAAAGGCAUGCUGUGGGAUAAAUUGUUAGGCCUUCACUGGCUACCACUCCGCAAGAUCCAUCACUCAAAUACGGAAGGAGAUGGGUCAUGGCUUUCCAUGUACAGUGAACUUAUUUUACAAAAUGGAGAAGUUGCUGGAACAAGGGUCAAAACUGGCCAUGAAAUUCUCAUCGAUGCCAGAUUUGAGCUUCCAUAUGAUGUUGUUGCAGAUCUUCCCGAGACGGAGGCUGUUGAAUUACAAAACAAACUUGAGGUGCUCAACACCAUGGACCAAGAGAUUUUGACGAUACAAGAACAACAUCGGCGGCACACAUCAUCAACACAGUCAGGUAUGUCAGAAGACAGUGAUUACACCAGUGACAUAAGCUUUCCCCAGCAACAUCAGCACAAUAGCUCUGUACAUCAGUGGCGUGGGACGACGGAUCCACUGAUCCGCAUGCGGGAGGAUAGUCGUGAGGAAUACAUGAGAGAUAUGGGACCAUUUGAUUCAUUUGAUGGUGAAUCAUUUGAUCGAGGAGGAUCCUUUGACCAUAUUGAAAGUUUUGAUCAAGACAGAAUUUCUGAUACUGAAAGAACUUUUGGUCAUGUGGAUUCUUUUGAUCGACAUUUGUCUGGUGGUGAAUCAAUUGAGCGUGAUGAUUACGAUCAAGAUAAAUAUUAUGAUCAGGAUGAUCCUGAUUAUUACCGAGACAGUCCAUAUCAGAACAGUCAAGAUGGAUAUAACAAUGAUAGUCCAUACCACACUAACGACGGAUUCAGGGACGGUUCUUACGGCAUGGGACAAGAUAGUCCCUACCAUCAAAGUCAGGAUAGUCCGUACCGUAAAAAUAAUAUUCAGGACAGUCCGUAUCGACACAGUCGGGAAAAUUCACAAAGUCAGGAUAGUUAUCCUGGAAGUGUUUAUCGUGGACAGAGUAUAGAUAAUAACUACCCUGACUUUCGACAAGGUCCUGGACAGGAUGGGCCUCGAGACAGUCCGUACCACCAAGUGCGCAGUGAUACAGACUCUGAUCUUCUCUCCUACAAUAGCAGACCACAACAGCCUUACAAGUUUCUCACUGAAGGAAGCCCUAUACGGAGCAGGGAUUCCCUAACUAACAUGACUAACAUGACUACUACAAGUCGCCACAGUACACAAGAUUUCAGUCCGGCCAACAGUCGGUCAUCAACUACCAAUGUGAGCCGUCAGAGUACACAAGAAUGCAGUGACGAAAGUGCAGCAUUUGAGAGAAGCAGUAACCUCAACAUAAAUUCUCCUGCCAAAGCCAAAUGGAUAGAUGUGUAUAACAAAGUUUGUGUGAAGUUAGGCCAGCCGGGUACACUGAUGGACGGUGAUGUGUCAGAUGACCGGGAUGGGCACGGUAUACAGCACAAUGGCGGACCUCCUGAACACAAUCCAUUUUAUACAAGUAUAGACAGUAUGCCAGAAAUCCGAGCUCCACGCAGAAAAUCAGUGUCUUUAGUCAGUGACUUGACCAUGCAAGUGAAGAACAGAAAUGCUGGAGUGCCGUCAGCCAUGGUAGCCAGACAGUCAUUGAAGGACGAAGAACUAAAAAUGCAUGUUUACAAGAAGACCCUCCAGGCAUUGAUCUACCCGAUCUCCAGUACAACCCCACAUAACUUUGUUGUGUGGACGGCUACAUCUCCAACCUACUGCUUCGAAUGUGAAGGAAUGCUAUGGGGCAUGGUGCGGCAGGGUGUGCGCUGUACAGAAUGUGGGGUGAAAUGUCACGAGAAGUGUAAAGAUCUUCUCAACGCUGACUGUUUACAGAGAGCGGCCGAGAAGAGCUCUAAGCAUGGAGCUGAAGAUAAAACUCAUAAUAUCAUAAUGGCCAUGAAGGAUAGGAUGAAGAUCCGUGAACGCAAUAAACCGGAAAUAUUUGAUCUAAUUAGGGAAGUGUUCGGGGUAGACAAAAAAUCUCAUAGCGGACACAUGAAGGCGGUCAAACAAAGUGUUUUAGACGGAACGUCCAAGUGGUCAGCAAAAAUAGCUAUAACUGUGAUAUGUGCCCAGGGACUUAUCGGCAAAGAUAAGACUGGCACCAGUGAUCCAUAUGUAACAGUCCAAGUGGGCAAGGUGAAGAAACGGACAAAAACAGUGCCACAGGAUCUCAACCCAGUCUGGAAUGAGAAGUUCUACUUUGAGUGCCAUAACUCCUCAGACAGAAUCAAAGUACGAGUAUGGGAUGAAGACAACGAUUUGAAAUCCAAGUUAAGACAGAAAUUAACUCGGGAAUCUGAUGACUUUCUUGGCCAAACGAUAAUUGAAGUGCGCACACUGAGCGGUGAAAUGGAUGUAUGGUACAAUCUAGAGAAGAGGACGGACAAGUCUGCAGUGUCAGGUGCCAUUAGACUACACAUCAGUGUAGAGAUUAAGGGAGAGGAGAAGGUAGCACCUUACCAUGUCCAGUACACUUGUCUACAUGAGAAUCUUUUCCACUAUUUAUGUGAGUUGGCAGCUGGAGCAGUCAAACUGCCUGAUGCAAAAGGGGAUGAAGCUUGGAAAGUGUACUUUGUAGAACCAUCACAGGAAAUUGUGGAUGAGUUUGCCAUGAGAUAUGGGAUAGAAUCUAUAUACCAGGCAAUGACACAUUUUUCAUGUUUGUCCACUAAGUACAUGUGUCCUGGAGUGCCCGCUGUAAUGAGCACACUUCUCGCCAACAUCAACGCAUUCUACGCACAUACUACUGCUUCCACUGCUGUCUCUGCCAGCGACAGAUUUGCUGCUUCCAAUUUUGGGAAAGAGAAGUUUGUGAAGCUGUUGGAUCAGUUACAUAACUCACUAAGAAUUGAUUUGUCUAUGUACAGGAAUAAUUUCCCAGCAUCCGAUCGAGCUCGGUUACAGGAUCUCAAGUCGACAGUAGAUCUACUUACCAGUAUAACAUUCUUUAGGAUGAAGAUUGUGUCAAACCCAGAUGUACAAGAAUUACCGAGUCCACCCCGUGCCAGUACUGUGGUUAAAGACUGCGUCAUUGCCUGCAUGAAAUCAACUUACCAGUUUCUGCUUGAUAACUGUUACGAGCUAUACCAGCGAGAGUUUCAGACUGAUCCCGCAGAAACCGACGCAGACCAACAGGGUGGAAAUGCCAACAGCCUUGAUCUUUUACACAAACUCAUCACUCUGAUCGUGUCUGUGAUCGAGGAGGACCGUAACAGCUACACGCCGGUCCUCAACCAGUUUCCACAAGAGCUUAAUGUGGGUCAAGUUAGUGCUGCCAACAUGUGGGCCUUGUUCUCCCAGGACUCCUGUUAUGCUUUACAAGAGCAUGAAGUGGAACGGUCCUGUAAGAGCUCUGAGUAUAUGAAUCUCCAUUUCAAGUUAAAGUGGCUGUAUACCAAAUACAUUGCUGAUGUGCCUCAAUACAAGGGGACAGUCCCAGAGUAUCCACAAUGGUUUGAACCAUUUGUGAUGCAAUGGUUGAAUGAGAAUGACGAUGUUUCUAUGGAAUAUCUCCACAGUGCCUAUGAACGCGACAAAAAAGACGGGUUCCAAAAGAGUUCUGAGCACUCUCUGUUUUCUACAUCUGUGGUGGAUGUGUUCACUCAGCUCAAUCAGUGCUUUGAUGUCAUCAAAAAGCUCGAGUGUCCAGACCCUGAAGUUGUCAAACGCUAUAUGAGGCGGUUUGCAAAAACAGUAAAUAAAGUACUUCUCACCUAUGCAGAUACAGAGAAAAAAGAUUUUGAGAAAUACACAAACAAUAACCGAGUAGCAUGUAUAUUAAUGAACAACAUUCAACAAUUACGAGUGCAGUUGGAGAAAGUUUUUGAAUCCAUGGGAGGAGAAAAGCUGGAUACAGAAGCCUCAGAAAUGUUGAAAGAACUGCAGCAAAAACUCAACACAGUUCUGGAUGAUCUCGCAAUGAUAUUUGCCAAAAGUUUGGAACCUCAGAUUCAACAAAGUAUGCAAGAAUUAGGCACAUUGUUGUCUAAAGUGAAAGGUGCCGGCCAGGUGUCCUUGGCCCAACCCAGCCAGAGGAACAGUAUACAACAGGAGUCGGAUAUGGUGCUAGGUCCUCUCAUGGACCUUCUAGAUGGCAGCCUGACAAUGUUUGCUCAACUCUGUGAAAAGACUGUUCUGAAACGCCUGUUAAAGGAGCUGUGGAGGAUAGUGAUUUAUACAAUGGAGAAGAAGGUGGUACUUCCACCCCUUUCUGACCCCAGACAGGAAAAAGGCUCAAAAUCUGAUGUCAGGGACAUGUCAAAAGAAGCAGAAAAGAAUCUGAGUCCGAAACAAUGUGCCGUUUUGGAUAUGGCGCUUGACACGAUUAAACAGUACUUCCAUGCCCAGGGUAAAGGUUUGAAGAAGACAUUCCUGGAUAAGAGUCAGGAACUUCAGUCACUUCGGUAUGCCCUGUCCUUAUAUACGCAAACAACAGACACGCUUAUUAAAACAUUUGUCAGUACACAAACAUCACAAGACCAGCCGAGUAAUGAGGAUCCAGUUGGGGAAGUGUCUGUACAGGUGGAUCUGUUUACACAUCCUGGGACAGGAGAGCAUAAGGUUACAGUAAAAGUUGUGGCAGCUAAUGACCUCAAGUGGCAGACGUCAGGCAUGUUCCGACCAUUUGUUGAAGUCAAUCUGAUUGGACCACACAUGGGUGACAAGCGGCGCAAACAUUCCACAAAGUCAAAGAGUAACAACUGGUCACCAAAAUUCAAUGAAACAUUUCACUUUAUUCUUGGGAAUGAAGAUGACCCUGAUGCCUAUGAACUACACAUUUGUACAAAGGACUAUUGUUUUGCUCGAGAAGACCGCCUGAUUGGAGUGGCGGUCAUGCAGCUGCGGGAUAUUGUGGAACAAGGAAGCUGUGCAUGCUGGUGCUCUUUAGGUCGACGAGUACACUUAGAUGAAACUGGCUGGACCAUUUUACGAAUUCUAUCACAAAGAACUAAUGACGAAGUAGCAAAAGAAUUUGUGAAAUUAAAAUCAGAAAGCCGGCAUAUUGAAGAGAUAUCCUGAAGGUUGAUCUAUGAUAUUAGAAUUUGUUAAUUGUGUACAGAUUUUGCUUCGGAACUGGCUGAGCUCCCACUUGUUGACCAUUAACCUGUUUCUAAUGGUCAUUUGAUCUCACAAGAAAGUUGUCCAGAGGUGAAUUGUGGGAUGGAUUGUGGUGUUAUAUGUUACAGUGCUGUAUACAGGUGGUUACUAUUCACAGGUGCCGAUAUCUGCCGAUUUAGACAGGUGAACUCAUUAAACUAGCCACUGCUUGUCAGUGUAGAGUUUAGAUAGAUAGUAACAAAAACCUAUCACUUUAUAGAGGUGGUCGGUAUACACAGUGAUCACUGUUUACAGGCCGUCUCUACAGAACACAGUAACAAGUGGUCACUAUUCAAGGGUGGUCAAUAUACACAGGCCAUAUUAUACACACUAAACAAAGCUAUGAACAAUUGUUAUUAGACUGAAAGUUAAACACAAGUGAUUAUUAUACAAAGAUGGUCGCUAUUCAGAGGUGUUCUUUGUCGGUUUAGACAGUGUGCCAUGCUUCCACAUGAUCCUGUAUACACAGGUAACAGUCUUCUGUAUCAAUGUUUACACGUUAUUAUAGAUUUAUUUUGGGGCUUUUUGUAUAUUUUUGUGUAUUUCAUUGUCAAAAGUCAACUUGUCUUUCCUGAAGGAGAGACAGACUUGCUCAAGUCCCUACUGUACUUCACCAGUGAAAAUCUAUGGAGCAAGUCUCUAAAACGUGGGGAUAAAUGAAGACAUGAUUUUCCAUUGAUUCGGCCACUAAUUUUCAAUGUGCUUGUACUCAUUAACAAGGUAAAGGGUCUUAAUAAACCAUCAUAUCAUCAGUUAUUGCCACUAUAUUGAGAGAAAUGAUCUUAUUUUGGCUGUCAGCAAGACUUGUUCAAGAUUGUAUAAAUGUUAUUGAGAGCUAAUGGGACUAGUGCAAGUCUAAGAAACAGGGCCUGCUCAAUUAACCAGAUAUCAAACAUUUAAAGUGCUCUGGUCAUCAGAAUAUCUGCUUAUAUUAAACUUGACCACAUUCAGAUUAAGGUUUAGCAGCUUGAGGAUCCAUUGAGGAUGUAAUGAGCAGGCCCAAAGAAAUUAAACUAGGGACUAGUGCAAGUCUAAGGCAGACAAAGGGAUGCAGUCAUUCCAGUGUACAAUUGUGAGCUCAUAUUUGGUUGUGAAUAAUAUUGUUAAUAUCAUCAAUAGUUUAUUAAUGUGUUUAAGUUGUUUUUGUGUUUUAUAGUUAACAGGGUAGGACAUUGGUGUAACUUAGUCAUAUUGUCUACAUCUAACUUAAUCAUACUGUCUACAAUCAUUUAAACAAUCAUGGUGUUUUAUUUGGAUAUUUAAAGUUAUUAUGAUAGUUUUACAUUAAUGAUUUAACCCUUGAUAAUUAGAAACAAAAAGGUGAAAAGGCCACAGAUUUGGAAAUUCACUACUCCAAAGUUAAAACUGACAGUGCAAUUUAAAAAUCCUUAUAAUUUUCCUAGAUGCCCAAUCUGGUAACACUAUCAAAUGGUUAUCUAAGGAAGUUCAGACAUUUUCGUUUAUGUCUUGCAUAGAAACAAGUAUGGAUAUCUUCUAAACUUGUUAUCACUUCAACACUGACCGGGAGAUAUGAUACUUUGCAGUCCUUUUUACAUAACACAUGGCCUUGACAGACAUUAGUAGGGUGGUGGCCUUGACAGACAUUAGUAGGGUGAUGGCCUUGACAGACAUUAGCAGGGUGAUGGCCUUGACAGACAUUAGUAGGGUGGUGGCCUUGACAGACAUUAGUAGGGUGAUGGCCUUGACAGACAUUAGUAGGGUGAUGGCAUUGACAGACAUUAGUAGGGUGGUGGCCUUGACAGACAUUAGUAGGGUGGUGGCCUUGACAGACAUUAGUAGGGUGGUGGCCUUGACAGACAUUAGCAAGGGGGUGGCCUUGACAGACAUUAGUAGGGUGGUGGCCUUGACAGACAUUAGUAGGGUGAUGGCCUUGACAGACAUUAGUAGGGUGGUGGCCUUGACAGACAUUAGUAGGGUGGUGGCCUUGACAGACAUUAGCAAGGGGGUGGCCUUGACAGACAUUAAUGGGGUGUGGCCUUGACAGACAUUAGUAGGGUGGUGGCCUUGACAGACAUUAGCAGGGUGAUAGCCUUGACAGACAUUAGUAGGGUGGUGGCCUUGACAGACAUUAGUAGGGUGGUGGCAUUGACAGACAUUAGCAGGGUGAUGGCCUUGACAGACAUUAGUAGGGUGAUGGCCUUGACAGACAUUAGUAGGGUGGUGGCCUUGACAGACAUUAGUAGGGUGGUGGCCUUGACAGACAUUAGCAAGGGGGUGGCCUUGACAGACAUAAGUAGGGUGGUGGCCUUGACAGACAUUAGUAGGGUGAUGGCCUUGACAGACAUUAGUAGGGUGGUGGCCUUGACAGACAUUAGUAGGGUGAUGGCCUUGACAGACAUUAGCAGGGUGAUGGCCUUGACAGACAUUAGCAGGGUGAUGGCCUUGACAGACAUUAGUAGGGUGGUGGCCUUGACAGACAUUAGUAGGGUGAUGGCCUUGACAGACAUUAGCAGGGUGAUGGCCUUGACAGACAUUAGUAGGGUGAUGGCAUUGACAGACAUUAGCAAGGUGGUGGCCUUGACAGACAUUAGCAGGGUGAUGGCCUUGACAGACAUUAGCAGGGUGGUGUGGAAUAAUCUGUUCCUCUCAGUUAUUAUCUUAAUUCCUGUCUCAAAACAAAAUUUAAAAAGUAUUCUACAUUCCAUUUCAUUUAAUAUGUGUAUACUCUAUCUAGUGUGGCAGUGCCACGCAAUGUUACUCAUGCCUAAUUCUUCUGCCAGAGUAGAUAAUUCACUGAGGUAUUUCAUUCCCUCAGAAAAUGGAAUACAACACAUGAGUAAAAUCAGUUUUAGCUGUUUAGCUGUCCGUUCUGUGACUAAGGAACUUUUCCUGAUGAAAAUAAAUGGCAAUACUGAUCUGCCCAGCCAGCAUACAAUGUCUUAUGACACUAAGAUUACUAGGGAUUGAGUUUUAUUAUAUAGAUAUAUUCGAACAUGUAUUUUACCCGUAUAACAUACUGUUUUGACAAUCACCUCUGCAAUACCCAUAUAAUCUCAUGUUACUGGGAUGUAAGAAACUGUUGAGAAAUCACUAAAAUCACACGUUCAUAUAGAUAGCCUUCUCUAUAUACGUAGAUACCAUUCCCAUACCUUUGGUUGUCCAUACUUGUUACCAAGCUAGACAUAAACUGAAACACUUGCUCAGAUACAAUGACCAGAGGAUAUUGUUAUCAUAGGGGACAUCUCGGAAGCAUUCUGAAAACUGGAACUGAUCUACUAAUGCGAGUUGUCUUUCUUAGGUUUUUUUUUUUUUUUUUUUUAAAUAAUUACUACUGGUUUUUGACAGUUAUUUGGUAAUUCCUUUUCUAUGCAAUGAAUUAAACCCCUGAACUUUUCAUAAAAGUCUGUAUGACAUAGUAAACAGGCAUUACUAGUAAGGUUGUAAGGUUGUGAAGUACUUCCUCAGCUACAUUAGGACUACAGGAGAACACUGCCAAUACUAACGUUUCUCAAGAUUCUUAACAAUACGUGCAAUUUCUAUAAGUUUUACAUAAUUGUACCAAAAACAUUCCUGAAGAUAAUUUUGUCUUGAUAUGUUCACAUUUUUAUUUUACUUUAUAGUUUAACUCUUUUACAUAAAAUUCAAAUGCAGUGCAAUCUUAUUGUAUUUUGACAGCAUGUUAGAGCUUAUUGAUGGGAAGAGAAAGAAUGUUAAGUUCUUAACUUACUACAGAGUUUCUGUAUGAAUACCAUCCUCGAAAUUCCAGGUGUUUUUGUUCACCGACCAUACCUCUGAGAUAACUAAUUGAGAAAAUAGGCUCUCAAACAUAAUGUAUAUCAGUGGAAAUAUAUACAUGUAGUUGUGAAUUAUUUAAAAAAUGCUACAUAUAUAAAUGAAUGGUAAUUUAUUUGAAAGUUUUGAAAAUCAUUGAUGUAUAAGUAACUGUAUUUGUAUACAAACUGUUCAGUCUAAAAAAAUUGAUAUUUAGUAUAACUUGAUAAUCUUACAGUUUUAAAUUAUUAAAUCAUUAGAUUUUAAUUAGAAUGCAAAUGAUACCAAAAAUGCAUUUCAUCCAAGCAUAUUUUUGUAGGUUAGCAGAUUCAAGGAUCUAUAGUAUAUAAUGAUUGCUAUUUAGUAAAUAUAUAAAUAUAAAAAUGUAUACUAAGUUUGUCCUCCAAAAAUUACCUCCCUUGGUUAUACAGUAUAAAUGUUACAAUUCAAGAUUGUGUAUUUAUUUCUGCUUUUUUGAGAUAUAACUGCUUAGAAUUGAUUAUUUUUAUUUUGAAUAUUUUGUUGAUUUCUUUUGUGCAAUCAAAGUGAACUAAUUGUGUUAAUUGAUCAGUUAUUACAUUUGCACUACAAAAUUAACUAAGGGAGUUAAGUCAUGAUAUUGAAUGAAUGAAAAAAAUAAGUGACUUCAUAUUGAAUUAAAAGCAUAACAUGAUUUUGUGAAAAGUAUCAUUGGAAAGUUUUGCAAUUAAUGAAAUAAAUAUGUGUUUUAGAAUGUUAUGUAACAAUCACAUGUAUAUUUUGGUUGACUAUGCAAUCAUCUUGCAUAAACUAUAGCAACGAGUACCGAUAAAAGCUUACCAAUCCAAAUUCAUUCCUUGUUCUUUCACUAGGAUACAUGUACAUGCAGUUGGCUCCUGAUAUCUAAGUUUUAUGAAAAAAAGUUUUCAGUGCUGUACAUGUGUAUACAGUAAAACAGGCUUACUGUUUGAAAUUUCUCCUUAAUGAAAGCCUUUAUUAAAAUAUUUCUGUAGUAAUCAAACAGUUUGUUCCCAACAUACUUUACUGCAUCAUAUGCAAAUGUGUUCUGAAAUCCGACUUGGACUGUUUCCAAGUUUCAAGUAUUUGUAACUGAAAAAAUGAAAAUUGAUUCCAAGAUGUUCUGCCCAUAUAACAAAAAUGCACUUUUAGGAGUCGAAAACAUUUAUAUAUCCUUUUAUCAAGGAAAGGAGAUAUGUGAAAAACAGGGAAUUAAUUUGGUGUGGUUAUAAAAAAUAUUGCAAAAGGGGAGGUAACUGAGUUUGUUUAUAAAAGUCUAUAAAAUCACUUUACUGUUUGUUUGUGAACAAGAUUGGGAGAUCUGGAAUUUUGUUAUGCUAAGUUAUCUUGAAAAAAUGAACUAGAUAAUGUCAAGCUUUUUAUGUUGAUAUACAGUGUAAUUUCACUGUGAAUUCAGAUAUCGCUGUUAUUCGUGUAAAUAGUGUAGGUUGUAUAAAGCAUUGAAAAGAUACAAUUAGGAAAACGAUUGUUUUGAAUUAAAAUCUUUUCAAUUACUUAAAAGUGAUGCCUUUUGUAUAGUAUAAAGAAGUGUUAAUGUAUUUGUAUUUUGAGAAUUUAAUUAAAUAUAUAUAUAUAUAUACAUAAGAUUAUGCUGAUAUGUUAGGCCAAAGCAUUUGGUGGAAUCAAUUUUUUAUUACGUUUUUAGUUUUUGAUGUUUGAAUUGUCUCCUUUUGAAUAUUUGUGUUUCGUUGUAUGGCCAAUCAUGUUCGUGGGAGUGCCACUGUGUAGAUCGAUUGUGAUUUGUAAUAUUUUGUAAUAUUUUGUAACAUUUUCUCUUAUGAAAUCAUUACAGAAAAGCAUGCAGAUGUAGAACAUCGAAAGAAUUUUUUCUUUCACGCUUUUGAUUUAGAUCAAAGACAGUUAAAAUUGCCCUGGGUUUUUCCCUCAGUAAAACUACCAGAAACAAACUAAUUCAGUCUUGUUAUUAGGGAAAUUUGUUUGGAACUUUUCCUGCAGUUAUUGUUUUAAUUAAUAUCAAGCAAAACAAAAUCAGACAAUUUGAUCUCUUGUACAUAAAACAUGUUCACGUUGGUUAAAGGGUGUAUGUAUAAUACCAUAUAGUGCUUACACAUAGCAGCUGUCAUAUAGAAAAUGUACCAGUUUUAUAAACAUCUCAUUAUUGUAUAGAAAUACACUUGUCGGUAUGGGCAAGUUUGACCAAUUAAAAUUUCCAUUCCUUUCAGAUUAAUACACAUUCCAUUAAUCUAUCAUCAACUUACAAGCCUGAUUUGGGGAUAUCUUUUUUAUAACUAGGAAUUUAACAAAAACAAUAUGAUCUGAUCAUUGUGCUAGUACGGGAAAUUAAAAAUAGAAUUGAUCAAAAUAUUCAAAUUUAGAAAAAAUAUAUUGAAAAUUUUACAUACUGAAAUGUAUUGAAUUCUAUAUAUGUUAAAUUCAUCACCACUGUAGCCAGGCCAUAUGUAAAGGAACUUAAAAUUACAUGCGAUUGAUUCAUUUUAUACUGAAAACAAAAUAUUUGAGCUGUCUUACUAUAUUUCCGGUGUUUAUAAAGAUAAUAUGUAAAUUUUCCAAUGAUAGAAAUUUAAACAGCUGUAAACAAAUAUACAGUAACGUUCUUACAAAGAUACCAUAUACCUCUGAUUUAUUUUGUUUAUGUUGAAAGAAAUCCCAAUUAUUUAUAAGUUUCUCAACAAGCAAUAUAGCCUAUAUUUUUAAGUAUGUUUCUUUUCAUUUAUACAAUGUAUAUUAAAUCCAGUAUUCUAUCAUUCCUAAUCAAUAUUGUUUGUUAAGUUUCUGUUUAUUUUGAGGGAAUUUUCCCUUGUAUUUAAAUCCAUUGAACUUUUCAUAUACAGAGUAUUUAGACAGUUUUGGUUUUUUAGUGGUAAGAAAUUUAGAAUCUAUGAAAUCCAAAUUAUAUUACUUCAUUUAAUUAGUGUAACAAAACUUGUCAUUUAAUGCUACGUACUACCUAACUCUGAUUUAUAAAACUCCCAAAUGUUGAUAAUGUCUCAGUCCAGUAACAACAGACAGGUGUACAGGUGUUGAUGAAUGUCCCAGUACUGUAGGACAGGUGUUGAUGAGUGUCCCAGUACUGUAGGACAGGUGUUGAUGAGUGUCCCAGUACUGUAGGACAGGUGUUGAUGAGUGUCCCAGUACUGUAGGACAGGUGUUGAUGAGUGUCCCAGUACUGUAGGACAGGUGUUGGUUAAUGUCCCAGUACUGUAGGACAGGUGUUGAUGAACGUCCCAGUACUGUAGGACAGGUGUUGAUGAAUGUCCCAGUACUGUAGGACAGGUGUUGAUGAGUGUCCCAGUACUGUAGGACAGGUGUUGAUAAGUGUCCCAGUACUGUAGGACAGGUGUUGAUGAAUGUCCCAGUACUGUAGGACAGGUGUUGAUGAAUGUCCCAGUACUGUAGGACAGGUGUUGAUAAGUGUCCCAGUACUGUAGGACAGGUGUUGAUAAGUGUCCCAGUACUGUAGGACAGGUGUUGAUGAAUGUCCCAGUACUGUAGGACAGGUGUUGAUGAAUGUCCCAAUACUGUAGGACAGGUGCAUGACAGGUGUUGAUGAAUGUCCCAGUACUGUAGGACAGGUGUUGAUGAACAUCCAAGUACAGUUGUACAGGUGUUGAUGAGUGUCCCAGUACUGUAGGACAGGUGUUGAUGAACAUCCAAGUACAGUUGUACAGGUGUUGAUGAGUGUCCCAGUACUGUAGGACAGGUGUUGAUGAACGUCCCAGUGCAGUAGGACAGGUGUUGAUGAAUGUCCCAGUGCAGUUGGACAGGUGUUGAUGAACGUCCCAGUGCAGUAGGACAGGUGUUGAUGAACAUCCCAGUACAGUUGUACGGGUGUUGAUGAGUGUCCCAGUCAAAUUGUUAUCAACAUCUUAAAGCCAAAUACAUGUAACAGUAUCUAAAAUCGACAUUAACAUCCAUAUUUGUUAACCUUACCUCUGAUAAAACACUGUAUACAGUUGAUUAAUACUCUGAUAUAAAAUGAUUUCAGACUGGAGUAGUGAAUCGACAAUUACAAAGCUUGGUGGAUGAAUUUAAGAUAAACAGGGAAAAAGGCUGAUGACAUUAUCAAUUAACCUACCAAGUCACCCUAAAGUGUUUUGAAAUAACAUCAGUAUUGCAAAAGUAAACAAUUAUGAUCAUGACCAAUUCAUGUCAAAGAUUACAUGAUCAGCAAUAUUAGAAAUCAUUCAUUCUCUUCUAUGAUUGUAAGGAUCCUUUUUAAUUUUUAAGUUCUGUGUUGAAAUUCCAUGAAGCUAAAAAAAGGAAGUGAUGGUAAAUAAAAAAGUAUACUCCAGUCAAGUACUUAUAUAAUGAUACAGUAUAUCUACAAUUGUAUAUGUUUGGAAAAUGACAGAAAUUAAGUUAGGCCAAAUAUUACACAACUGAUAUGGCUAUUAUAUAACAGUUGCUGUAUUUAUCUUCAAAUUAUCCCCUUAUUCUACAAAAAAAAUAAGAAGGGCCAUAGCUGUGGAUACAUAUGGUAGAUUGGGCCUAAUUUAGAAUUCAGGACAAGUUUUAAACACUGGUACAUGUACUAAAGUGUAUUUAGUAAAAUAUUUAUAAAGUUUAUGUAGCAUAUAAACAAAAUUCUCCCAGGCAUACUAGUAGAUGGUACAUAUCUAGGUAGGUAUAUGUAUACAGGUUUCAAUCAAGAAUUUACAAAAUUUUAAUCAAUUGUUAUAAAAAUGUAAUAUGUAAUAGAAUAAUGCAGUUAUAUAUUAGAAUUUCCAUAUUAAAGUCUUUCAGCAAUCUUUUUUAUUAAUUCUAUAUAAAUAUAUAUAUGAGAUUUUUUUUUCUGUUUCUUUUUCUUUUUUUUAAUGUUGACGUCAUACGUAUGACAUAGAUAUAAUAUUUAUAUUAAUAUAUAUUAUUAAUAAUUCAUAAGAAAUAGUAUCUGUUUCAUCCAUCUUAUUUUAUGAUCGUGUUGAUUCUGUGUAGGAGUUUAUCUAUUACAAGGAUAUAGAGAACAGUUCUCCCCGUUUUCCACAUCUGUUACAUAUAUAUGAUAAAUGCCAUGAUAUCUCGUCAUGUCUUUUUACCUUGUUUGAAUAAAGAUUCCUGCAACAUUGAUUUUU